UCGAUCUCCACCCUCCAUUCCCACCCCCAAUUCUUUAAUCUCCCCCUUUUGUCCCUAUAGUCUUAGCUUCUUCUGUCUUGUUGAAUUCUUAGUUCAACCCCGUUUACUCUCUCUCUCUCUCUCUCUCAUUCCACCAUCCUCGUUUUCAGAAGUGAAUCCCAAUGCCUUCCUCACUCACCCAUUGAGGCACAUUCCAUUAAUAUCCAUCAAUUUCAACCAUGGGCACAAUGUUGGUGCCUCCAUGGCUUGAGCCACUCCUAAACACAUCCUUCUUCGAUGUGUGUCGGAUUCACGGAGAUGCCGCGAGGAGCGAAUGUAACAUGUUUUGUCUCGACUGCAAUGAGAAUGCGUUUUGCUUCUAUUGCCGUUCCUCAAAACACAAGGAUCACCAAGUUAUUCAGAUACGGAGAUCUUCGUAUCACGAUGUAGUGAGGGUGGCGGAAAUUCAGAAAGUGUUGGACAUUAGUGGAGUUCAAACAUAUGUGAUCAACAGUGCCAGGGUUUUGUUUCUGAAUGAGAGGCCUCAACCAAAGUCUGGAAAAGGAGUAGCUCACAUUUGUGAGAUUUGUGGAAGAAGCCUCUUGGACCCAUUUCGCUUCUGUUCUUUGGGGUGUAAGCUUGUAGGAAUAAAGAGAAAUGGGGAUGCAAGUUUUGCUUUGGAUGCUAAAAAUGAGGCAUCAACAAUGGAGGGCAUGUCAAGGAGAUCGGUUUCUUCAAGACAUCAUCAAGAAGAAGAAUUGCGUGAAGGCUCACAACAAGAUAUGUACCCGGCCACGCCUUCUCCACCUGCUUCUUCAAACGCAAGGAGAAGAAAAGGGAUUCCUCAUAGGGCACCUUUUGGCUCCUAAUCAUUUUUUUUUCUUUUUACCCUAAAAAAUUAGUGGUACAUAGACUCAAUAUUCAACCCCGUUUACCAUUUUUCUUUCUUUCUUUCUUCCUUUGAAACAAAUUAACCCCUCUUUGAGGGGCGAAUCUGGUCAGUAGUAUAAUUAAUUUUUUCAGUAAAGAGAAAAAGAAAAUGGUAGGCUUUGGUGGAGGAUGUCAUUUGUCCAAUGUCCAUGAAGUGGGAAAAGCAAAAGAAAGGAAAGGGGUAUAUAGGAAAGUUCCUUCUUUUUGGGGUUUGGGUCCCAAAACAACAAAUUAUCACUUGUGAAGAACCAAUAAUGCAUAUUUGUUUAAUAUUUAAAUGCUUGCGAGUGUACAUGUCAUUAAGAAAUUAAAAAGCAAGACUUUGUGGAGUCCGUUUCAAUGUUUCAUAGUUUUCUAUGCCCCACCAUCCACAUGGGCCGUUUACAUGAA